AUGUUCGCUCUGCUGACGAUCGGCCCGACAGCGCAGGAUAAGCCGCCGCCAACGCCGCCGCCCUUGCCGCCGUCACCGCCUCCCCCUCCGCCGCCUCCACCGCUUCCCCCGGGUCCGCCCUCUACGCCGCUGGCGUGGCGGGUGGGCGAUAGAGAGUGCUACCCGACGCUGAAGGCCUGCUACGACGCGAUGAGCGGACCCGAGUGGAAGAGCAGCACCGGGGCAAAAGUGGGGGAAACCUGGCUCGACCCCAACAUCAAGUGCUGCGAUAAGGAGUGGAUCUCGUGCAAACGUGGCUUGAUCGACGAGAUCAAGUUCAAAUUUAUCCCGAAACUCAAGGGGACUAUCCCGCCGCAGCUCGCCCUUCUGACAGCCCUGGAGGAGAUUGACGUGAGGAACUGCGACAUCACGGGCACGCUGCCGGACACCCUCUUCUCCAGCGACUCUGUCAUCGAAGAGGCGAUCCGCACCUUCCCUCGAAGCCUCCCCUCCCCUCCCCCUGCCCUCCGCCUCCGCCACAUCGACAUCUCGCAGACUGACAUCACGGGGACGCUCCCCCCCACCCUCUUCGUCUCCGGCACCCUCAAGAAGUUCGAGGCAUACCACGCCGGCAUCUCGGGCACCAUCCCUCCCACCAUCGGGAUGGCAACGCAGCUCAAGGCGGCUCGAGCCGCCUCUCACGCAUCCCUCUCCCUCUCCACCGCCGCGCGCAAGACCAAGACGAUCGAGGAGGGCGGCAUGGAGUGGAUGGGCUUCUGGUGGAAGGGCUACUUCGGCGGGCCGAUGCGCGACGGCCCCAGCGAUGGCCCGUGGCCAAUCGACCCGCAUAUAUUGCUGGUUGCUGCGGUGCGCGAUUUUCCGCUGCUGUGA